CAACCCUCGAGCGAUCAAUAUCUUGGCCAGUCGUUGCGACUCCUAGCCCCUCUUCUCAACCCCAAUCGCUUCAAUACCUUACACGUUUUCUAUUCACUUCCAUUGCCCGCUAUCGGCUCAGGUAAACAAGUCUGUCUUAUGGGGAGCAACCACCGCCACACGAUUUACGCCCCGGAAAUUUGGAACGACACAGCAACUUACUGAGCUUGAGUAGCGCGCGCCAUCAUAACAAACCCUUCGCACCACAUAUCUAACUCGUACCAUCACAUACUCAAAUGCCCCGGUACCGAAAGCUUCCACCCAUCUCCCGAACUCCAACGCCACCCCCCGAUUUUCUUCGACGAUUACGGCCCUUCAGCUGCAACCCUUUUGAGCCGGUAGAGGAGGAUAGUCAGGAUCGAGACGAUGGCGAUGACGAAGAUGUGAAUGUCACGCCAACGAGCUCUGCUAGUCACUCAUUUCCUUUGAUCAAGGGGGUCCGGGAGCCUAAAAAACAGUAUCCACCGGUUGGAAAAGUCCCUGCCGGAAGAUCGAAACGCCAAAGAAUUGAGAAACAACCGCAGGUUGAGGAGGCCUCGCCAGAUAUCGUCUUGGAAAAUGAAUCAGUUUCAGAGUGGGAUAUUCUUGGGUCAAUCUUUGUUGCCGGAGGUUUCUUGAUGAUGGGUAACGGGUUUGGCGAGAGGGAAAGUGGGGAGGACGAGGUUGGGGAGAGGGAGGAUGAGAAUUUUUCUAAGUCUGGAGCUACGCAGGUCAUGAACGAUACUCAGUCUACUGUUGCGGGAGCAGGUGGAGAGGGUAAUUUUCGAGGAAUGGGAGGAGCGAGGGUGGAUAGUUUGCAGAGCAGUGAAGCACAGACUACGGCGAAAUGUCCACAAAGACCUGAUGUCCGGCACACUUACAACAUAAACUCCAUCGUCAAAGGCCGCUUCCACACCGCUACUCCAUUUGAGCUUGAGGAAUCCUCUGAAGUCUUGGAUGUUGGUGCUCGCGAUACCGGGGAACUGAUUUUAAGUGGAACAGAUAAUCAUGACGACGGUGAGACAGGUCCUAAUGACUCCAAUCCAACAGCCUCCCCUGCGAAGCUAGUUGAAGACAGUGGAGAUUUCGGAGAUGCUAGAAAACACGCUCAACCUACAGCUCCUCUGUCCCCCGAUCAUAGAGGGAAAUCAGCUGAGAACGUUUUUAUUCCCAUCACCCCCGAAACUACAAUCAGCAAUCACGCAAUACCACCCAUGUCAGGAUCGGCUAUUUCACGUACAACUUUGGACAGCAGCGCGCCUCGGGAGUUGCUGAGCAGGGACACUGAACUAAAAAAGAAGGCCGAGGGAGACGAGUGGUUAAAAGGUCUUACCUUUGAAAUUCUUGCCCUCCCGGAACGUAUUGCUAUCAGCAUUCGGGGGCGGGAUUUUUUCGAUUCGGGAAGCCACAAACUCUGCUGGAAUGAAUUGAAGGAAAAAAUAGACCAAGGUCUCGGAAUCGGACCGAAUUUGCACCAUUCUACAGUAAUCGUAAACUGGAAAUUUCGAUUAAAAACCCAGGCUGAUUUGGAUAUCUGUAUCGAGCGCCUAACACCGCAUGGCCGUCCGAUCCAUCACGUCGUCGUCCUGUUCUGCAGCACUACUGCAAAUGCCAGUGGAAAUGCAGGUGUAAAGAUAGACGAAGAAUCAAUAACAAAAGAGGUUGUUGAAAUGUUGGAAGCUCAAGACCGGAAUUAUUGGAUGGGGAAGAGUGUUGCACCUUCUGUGACAGAUCUAAUUCCUGCCAGCAAAGACAGUAAUGCCGACGUUGUGUUGGGCAAGCUUCCUGGUGAGGCUCAAGAUUCUAUUCGACGAAACUUUGGUAACCCCCAACCAGCCCUACCUCGCCCUCCAGCGCCUCUUCCAGAAAACCCUACGACACUCAACCCUACACGGACCAGCAUAUCGCACAAGCCCCCACCUGGCGUACUUAUUGCGCCAAAACCCCCUCUGUGGAGGACACCCAACUCACCUUCAACUUCUCACUCAAAAAAAAUACGGACUACAACUGCUGGCACUCAAUUUCACUCUUCAACGGUACGCCGAGUUACGCCUGAGCAGCCGUCAGGCCAAAUUAUGGCUCCCGGUAAUAAAUCGAGCAACAAAACGGACGACAGUCCCGCACCACCUAGUACAAAUGGCGCCCCAACACCAGCAGCAACUAAAUGGAGAUCCAAACCCUCGACCCGAAAUUCGCCGCUUCGGGUUUCUACUCGCUCUCUCCACAAUCCAGCACGCGGCGGGGAUGUCCAAUUUCAGCGGAACACAAGAUCGAGUUCUAAGGCUGCAAAAUUGAGUUUGUCGGAUCAGCUCCAAAAGGAGUCGGAAGUCAAGGACUCCGAUCAGCCAUCACCGGGCACUGCUUCUGCUGACGUUCAUUCGUCCCCACCAAAGAGGCGGCGUUCAACCGGAGGACUGUCUAGGGCUAAAAAGCGGCUUGCGAAGUCAACCAACCCCGCUAGCAACCCACAAGCAUCGACUUCUCAAAAUCAGCAGUCUAGUUUGAAUGCCUCCAGUACAAGUAUGAGACCACCCCCUCGGGAUCAAAUGGACAUUACUACCCCUAAAGCAUUAGCGACUACAUGUGCGCUUGCCGAAAACGAUCCUUUGGAGCCAAGUUCCGUCAAUGAUGCCAUGGAUAUGGACCCGCCUACCACUAAUGGCGCUGAGGGUAGUGCGCAAGGCACAGAGCCUAAUGAUCUCUCUAUAAACGAGGGAUCUGUUAUAGAUAAAGCGAACGCUGGGAACACAGUUUAUGCGAUGGACGAAGUAGACAUCCUUCUUAAAGCCGUUAUGGAUGUUUACGAUUCUGCAGAGGAACAAUCCGCUCCCCGACCUAUGAAAUCCCCUACACUCCCUGUGGAUGGGCCGGAAGGAGGCGAUACGGCCAAUCGAGGAAUUGUACCCGUUACUCUUGCUAACACGGCCUCACCUCCGACAUCUAAUGGGGCUGAGGGUGACAUUAGUACCCACGGUAGCAAGAGUUUAAUCGCCAAGCCCAUGCCUGAAGAGACUCUAGCCGGUCCUCCGCCUAAUCGCUCUCCUACACCCGUGGUUGGCGAGCCUAGAGCAGAGAUCAGGACGGACACAGGAGCCGAGCCUGCUACUACUACAAAACCUCAGUCCCCGGCCCCAAAAGACAAUGAGGGUGGUGGUAUCAUAGAGAAAAAGAGUUUAAUCGUCAAGCUAAAGUCUAAAGGAAUUGCUGUACUUUUACCAUCUAUUACCGACAGUGACGCAACGAACCGGCUCUACGACACUUCAGACCAAGCUUCUGAUCAAACCCCAAAUCAUUGCUCAAACCAAUCAAAGCCAAAACCUGUCUGGCCAGUUCCCCCGCCUCCGCUUUCGGCAUCCCCCCCAGCCACGAAAAUUCAGUCGGUCCCCCGCCCACCUAUCUACCGCAAACCAGAUCCCCCAGCCCCGAAAUCCGCCGAAAACGCCAAAACCACUCCCAACGAUACACCUUGGGCACCCAAACAAGCUAUUUCAACAACUACCUCAAGUCCAAAGGCUGGAUCGUCCGGUGAGAAGCUAUCCCCUGAGCCUUCAGGCCCCCUAGUGGCUAGUUCAGAUGCUUUGGCAGCCGCACGGAAGAAGGUAGAGCAGGAAAAGGGUUCAAAAAACAAAGCAAAAAAUAUUCCCCAUAACGCAUUUCCCACGCCCGUGCUACCCCCGAGGAACCAAGACACUCGCGCUCAAUCACCACAGUCACAGCCACCGGAGACUAACUCAGCCCGACCAUCGCCUCGGCCAUUGACUUCCACCUCUAGUGCGCAAAUUGCCGUUCAUAAGCCAGCCUCUUAUGCAAGACCUUCCCCGAGUUCUGAUGCAAAGAUUACCAGCGCUGCAGCCAUUACGAAAUCUGGUGCACACAGAGAGGGCGUUCCGCUUCCUCGUACCGUUCCUAGACUAUCCCAUACGCCGGUUCCAACUCCGUCGGCACCCACUCCUCUUCCAAUAAGUACAACCAUCACACCUUCCAAGGACAUGGACGACAGCCACUUGAUCCAAGGGAAAGCAGGGGACGCUACUAUAAAUUCCGCGGCCCCACUUCACUUACACAAAGCCUCAGAAUCUGCUAUGGAGGAACCCUGCUCGAAAUUUACACCCUUGGUUUCCAAAUCAAAUUUCCUCUACUUUGAGCCUUCGGCCGUUAAAAAGUCACCUAGUGGCCCUCACGAGAAACAACCAACCGCUCAGGAUCUCGUCCCACUAUUCGAUUCACCCUCCACAACCCCGCCCGACACUAAGCCCAAACCCGAACGCAUGGUGUUCGCCGUAACCCGCUACAAUAACAACGCCACCACCCCGCCCCACUGUGCCAAGAUCUACGGGCACGAGAUCCUCUCGACAGGAGAACCCAACAAGUUCUCCUGGGAGAAACUACGUGAAAUUCUGGAAUCCCGUCAUAAAUUCGUCGACUUCAAGGAGUGCCUUGUCAUCAACCUUUUCCAUGUCGUGGAGGGUGAGAAGGAAUUGAAUGAGGGCUUAAAUAUAGGGGUUUACCUCAAUACUAAUGAUGUUCUUAUUGUUAAGGUUGAUCCUUUAGGGAGACUGCCACCGCCACUAGUUGCUGAGAUGAAAGCCGCUAGAUUAGUAGCGAGGAAGGCUGGGAGAGAGACGGAAUAGCCGCCCAAAAGGCCGGAGGUGCCGUCUUGCUUACUUCGCUCCGGCUUAUUUAUUUUUAUCUGGAUCCAAUAAUUCCAUUUGUCGCCUUCAGAUAUCUUGGGGAUCUUUUCACUUUUUUAUUCUUCCUUCCCUUCCCUUUAUACUUUCUUCUAAUUGCUCCAGUCCAAUUUUUUCUAAUGCUUCUUCUUUCUUUGAUUUAGUUUCUUUCAUCUCUUUGGGCAUCUUCAAGGCAUUUUAGAUAGGACCGGCAUGGCGUGCGUGGGAGGUUUUUGUUCACUUGCUUUUCAUAUUUACUUACGAGGUCGAUGGCAAGAUGUUGUAUCCACACGUUACAUACAAUAUUCCUAUGUAUUAUUAUGGCUUUCCUCUUCCUCUUACGCCAGUUUUGUAGGAGAUCCGUCGGUAUAUACUUUAGUUCUGCGUUCUGGAUCUGGGCGCUUUGUUGUUUAGCGUUAGGGCGAGUAUCACGGCAUUGAGUAUGGCAACUUCUUUAGUAUCAUAUCA